CAAAAGCACUUGCCUAAUUCAAAAUCAUUGUGGUGGGCGACUCAGGCUCUUUUACCCCCUCACUACCUCAGCUAACACACUUGAUCUAAUCCUUAGGCAACUUACCUCCCUCCUCCCUUCGUCAAUUAAUUUUCGCUUACCUAUCAUUAAGCGAAUAGGCAAAAAUAUCAUCAAUUUUUUCUUCCUUCCUUUCUUGCCCUCCUCACCCUGAUCAGUCACUCAUUCUCCCCCCAUCCACCCACACCAUGCCCGAGCGCAAAACCUACAUAGUCGAGCACCUCGACCCCGAGCUAGGCCCCUGGUCCGAGCUCGAGUAUCUCACCAUCGCGAAAGAAACGCAACAAGCAGGUGGGGCAUUCGUGCUCUCGUCGCUGCCGUCGGGUUUCCAGGUACCUGCGAAGCUGGCCGAGGAGCCGGCGUUCAAGGCCGAGCAGAGGGGCGUCGAGGAAAUGUAUCCUGCGGGCAACGGGAAGGAGAGGGUGUGUUUGCUGGACCCGUCCGCAGAGAAGGAUUUAAAUCCUGAGGAUAAGAGGGAGUUUGAUGUUUUUCUGUUUGGGGGGAUCUUGGGGGAUGAUCCGCCGCGAGACCGCACCUCAGAGCUGCGCAACAAAGGCUUCCAGGGGCGCAGGCUGGGCCCCGUACAGAUGACGACCGACACAGCUGUCCGGGUGACGCGCAUGGUAGUGGACGAGCAAUACACCCUCAGCAUGAUCCCUUACCUUGACAUGCCCGAGCUCAAGUUCAAUGAGCACGAGAGCACGCAAAUGCCAUUCCGCUAUGUCAAGGGGGAUGAUGGGAAGCCCAUUAUGCCCGAGGGCAUGGUGGAUUUGAUCAAGAAGGAUGCCGAUAAGAGUAUCGACGACCUGUUCUGAUCUCAUGGGAUACGUUCAAAAUCCAUUGGAUCCUCAAGUACCUAUUAAGUGUAAUCCGAGUCUCAUCGGCCUGUCGGUUGUGCGUUGGAUCGCACUUUGGUAGCAAGCUGGACAGCCGGCCUUGAGCAUGGUCAUGUCUAGAUUGGGUCAACUUGGUUGGUUGUCGUCAGCCAAAGAAAACAAGUUUUCUGGACUUCUCGGUGAUGUGAUGUCUCCCGCCCCCUUCAACUGGAAGCGAUUGCCGGUGCCAGUAAUGCCUACUUCUCUACAACAGAUACCCACUAUGUUCAAUCAUGUGAACUGGAAAUCGU